UUAAUUAUUAUAGCUUAAUGAAUUUUUGAUCAAAUGAUUGCUUGCAAUAUCCAUUGAAAGCUUUGAUAAUUUCGAUUUAAUAGUUUUUACUGUUAGUUUAUUGCUCCGGUAUGAUCAAGAGUUUCAUGUUACACUGUAUGAGAGUGAAUUUUGAUGAAAUGAUCGCGAAUUUGUGAUAAUCUCAGGUAAAAAUAGUUUUACACUGAAAAAAGUAUGACGCAUAGGCUGAGAGAAGAAAGGGCAGCUAGUAGAAAGAGGAUAUGCGAAGAAGCGUUAGCAGACGCGGGAAAGAUCAUGGUGCAAGCAACCGAGUUCAGUAUGGAACAACGGAUUAAAUAUCUUACCGCUGCCUAUGAAAUGUUAGAUGCUGCACCAACAGAAGCUUGGAAAUGGCUUUAUGAUAAAUAUAAGCGCACUAUGAAACAAACUAUUCUUCUUGUUGUUCUUCCCUCUUUAGAAAACAAAAAUGAUGCUGCUAAUUUGCUGGUGGAAUUUACCUUAGUGCUGUCAAAGUAUAAGCUGAUGACAAAGUGGCUUUGCUUAUUUUUUUCGUAUCUUGACCGCUGUUAUCUCAGUCGCUUCAAUAUGGAUUCACUUAAUGUUGUCUCCCACAAUUACUUUCAGGAGAUGGCUAUCCGAUCUUUAUAUCCUAAACUCCGAGCAGCUGCAUUAUCAUUGAUUAAUGAAGAGCGCACUGGAUUGUAUAUUGAUCGCGGCCUGCUUAAGAAGGUUCUUCUUGUUUUCACGGAAUUCCACACCGAGACCAGAGUAGGAUGUUAUGAAGAUUUUGAGAUAGAAAUGCUUGCAGACACUGCCACUUACUACUCUCAGUUGGCUCAAAAUUGGCUUAUGUAUUCUGUAUAUUUGUAUUCAUCUGAGGAGUAUAUUCAAAAGGUUUCCCGGUGCUUGAACGAAGAGAAAGGUAGAGCUGCUGACUACAUGGCCUCUGGCACUGUAACAAAGUUAAUGGAGGCUGUCAGAGUUCAAUUGUUGGAUCAAACAAUGGACAUGCUAAUUGAGAAGAGGAAGGCUGAAGAUUAUGGCUUAAAAACAGAUUUUCAGGAAAUGCUGUCACAGUAUGCUGAAUUGGAUCUGAAAGAGGGAAGCUCCGAAUCAAAAGUAGCUGAGUGGUUAUCUGCAUUACUUGCAACAUCAACUCUGAAUUAGUGGCUGAUUGAAACUUCUUACUGAGAUAUACUCUUCCUAUAUCCUAACAUAGCCAUUCAUUACAAAACUGCACAUAUUUUCUUUUUCCUCAAGUCAACUGUACAUUCUCAUGGGUCCUAGCUAUUGUUUUGUUGGGUUGCAUCAGAUAACAUGAUUGAAUAAUGUGAGACCGUUGAUGAUAGACAUUCUAUACAAACAUUAAUAGCAUGAAACUUGCUGCCUUUUGUUGCGGAUGAAA